AUGGCUAAGCAAUCUUUAGACGUUUCCUCUGACAGAAGAAAGGCCAGAAAGGCUUAUUUCAACGCUCCAUCCUCUGAACGUCGUGUUUUAUUAUCUGCUCCAUUAUCUAAGGAAUUAAGAGCUCAAUACGGUAUCAAGGCUUUACCAAUCAGAAGAGAUGAUGAAGUUUUAGUUACCAGAGGUUCCAAGAAGGGUUCUGAAGGUAAGGUUUCUUCUGUUUACAGAUUAAAGUUCGCUAUCCAAGUUGACAAGUUAUCUAAGGAAAAAUCUAACGGUGCUGCUGUUCCAGUUAACAUUCAUCCAUCCAAGGUCGUUAUCACCAAGAUUCACAUGGACAAGGACAGAAAGGCUUUAAUCCAAAGAAAGGGUGGUAAAUUAGAAUAA